AUGUCACCUCAACUACGAAUAAAGAAUAGACGGAACCUCUAUUUAGAUCGAAACCCAUCGUAUCUUACGUCACCUGAUCUUGAACUUUUAGCAAAUUCAGAUCCACUACUAUACGACAGAUGUAUCAGGAGGUUUCAAACCCCUGCAGAGCGAGAAGCUGACGGUCGGUCGAAAGGUUACUCCGGUGUGCUCGAAGCGGAUUUGUAUCGCUCGGAAGCCAAACUUGCUGCUAUUCAGAAAACUGCAUCAGAUCAAGAAUCCCAAGUUCGGAAACCAGAGGAAUCAUCAUCAUCAUCAAAUUCUUCAGUGCCCUAUGUCUAUUAUAGUACAGGUAAAGAUGGUAAAGUCAUGCCUGAGCAGGAGGACGAAGUGCCGAAAGAUAAAGAGGAAGGCCUUGAUCGGUGGAAAUUUGAGAUGACUAUGAGAUUCUUGAAGGGUGAAGAUCCCGAUUUUGAUUACAAAACCGUGGAUGAAAAUGAGGAAUUGGACGUGAUAGAGAGAGCGGAAGAAGAAGAGAGGUGGUUUGAAGACGAGGAGCCGAGUUGGGUAGAUGAGAACACUGCAGAGGGGACAGGCGGGGAAACUGGUAUACUUGAUUACUAG